AUGAUUAUCCUGACCUUGUGCUUUCUGAGCUCAGUCAUUCAGGGCCCUGUCCCCAGGAGAGGGACCUUCCCCAAACCCACCCUCUGGGCUGAGCCAGGCCCUGUGACCCCCUGGGGGAGCCCCCUGACUAUCUCCUGUCAGGGGACCUCAGGGGCCUCGGAGUACCAUCUGGAGAAUUCGGGAAGUCCAGCACCAUGGAAAAGAGAGAAGCCACUGAAGCUUGGGGACAAGGUGAUGUUCUCCAUCCCACACAUGACAGAGCGUGAUGCGGGGAUAUAUCGCUGUUACUAUCGCAGCCCUGAUGGCUGGUCAGAACCCAGUGACCCCCUGGAGCUGGUGGUGGUGACAGGAUUCUACAGCAAACCCAGCCUCUCAGCCCUGCCCAGCCCUGUCGUGACCUCAGGAGGGAACGUGACCCUCCAGUGUGGCUCAAGGCAGGGAUUUGACAGGUUCAUUCUGACUAAGGAAGGAGAUCACAGGCUCUCCUGGACCCUGGACUCCCAGUUACAGCCCAGGGGGCAGUCCCAGUCCCUGUUCCCUGUGGGCCCCAUGACCACCACACACAGGUGGAGGUUCAGAUGCUAUGGCUGUUACAGGAACACGCCUCAGGUGUGUUCACCAGCCAGUGACCCUCUGCAGCUCCUGGUGUCAGGUGAGUCUGGGAAGCCCUCCCUCCUGACCCAGCAGGGCCCCAUCGUGGCCUCUGGACAGAACCUGACCCUCCAGUGUCGCUCUGAUGUCGGCUAUGACAGAUUCGCUCUGCACAAGGAGCGGGGACGGGACCUUCCCCAGAGCCUAGUCCUGCAGCCCCAGGCUGGGCUUGCUCAGGCCAACUUCUCCCUGGACACUGUGAGCAGCUCCCACGGGGGCCGGUACAGAUGCUACGGUGGAUACAACCUCUCCUCUGAGUGGUCGGCACCCAGUGACCCCCUGGACAUCCUGGUGGCAGGACACCUGCCUGACAGACCCUCCUUCUCAGUGCAGCCAGGCCCCAGGGUGGCCUCAGGAGAGAACGUGACCCUGCUGUGUCAGUCACAGAGCCUGAGGGACACUUUCCUUCUGUCCAAGGAGGGGGCAGCCGAUCCCCUCCUGCGUCUGAGAUCAAAGCACCGAGCUGGGCAGUACCAGGCGGAGUUCUCCAUGAGUCCUGUGACCUCAGCCCACGGGGGCACCUACAGGUGCUACAGCUCACACAGCACCUCCCCCUUCCUGCUGUCACUCCCCAGUGAGCCCCUGGAGCUCCUGGUCUCAGGACCCUCUGGAGGCCCCAGGCCCUCACCCACAGGGCCCACCUCCACAGCUGGAGCCCCUGACACCAACCCCUCCUCCAUGGACCCUGGUUCCCCAGCUGUUGAGAAGUUGGGAUCUCUCAGCUACUACACAGUGGAGAAUCUCAUCCGGAUGGGCGUGGCUGGCUUGAUCCUGGUGGUCCUGGGGGUGCUGCUAUUUGAGGCUCGAAAGAACCCGAUAAGGACCCUCGAUGCAGCCAGGAUGUGA